AUGGUCCGGGCAUGCGAGUUCUGCCGCAGGCGCAAGAUCAGAUGUGAUACCAUCAAGCCUACCUGCACCACAUGCCGCAAGAGCAAUAGGUCGUGCGUCUAUCGCCACGGCGUGCAGAAGCAACGUCCUUCUGCAGCCCUCAUUGACUCCCUCAAGGGCGAAAAAGCAGCAUUAGAAGAUGCGCUAGGCCGUCUGAAAAGCGCAGACGAUGCCCAAAGGCAUGUUCUGCUUCAGUCCGUGACGGUGCAGGACGGCAGGGUAUCACUGUCAGAUCCAGGAACCAUAUCGACAACAUCAUCAUCUCAGGGGCGUUAUCCUGCCUCCGUUAAUCAACGACGACAGCAGAUGCAAAUUCAACUGCUGAGCGAUCCUGGAUGUGCGCAGCCUGCUCCAAGAACAAGGGAGGCUAUCGCCGAGGACACAAACGGCGAAAUUAACGAUAACAAUCACGACAAUGACGGUCAGGACAUGGAACAUGCUAACGAUGUUGCCAUGUCUUCCAGCGAGGAAGAAGGUGCCGGUGCUAUGGGCGAGCCCAAAUUGACAAAUAGAAGCCACCCAGCCAGAGAUAGCAUUUUCAGCUCAACCUCUGUUAUCCGCCUCAGCAGCCCGAUACGAGUGAUAGGUCUCGAUACCCCUAGUCACGAACAACCAGCAGCAUCGUCAGAGCUGCUGCGGUAUCAGUUGAUCGCCAAUGCCGCAACGGAGAGGCAGCGGGAGCACCGACUGCGUUGUUUGACCUCCAUACGGGGAAUACCAGCGGAGCUGGCGUUCCAUCUCCUCGAUCUCCACUGGAGCCGGCAGCAUCAUACUUUCCUGCUGACGUACCGACCGGCCUUCAUGCGAGAGCUGGUAAAUGGUGGGUCGUACUGCUCUGACCUCUUGCUGUACGCUGUCUUCGCAUGUUCAUCCAAAUUCUCGGAGCGGCUCGAGGUGCGUGAUGACCCGACGGACCCGGAAACAGCGGGGCAGCGCUUUUUCACUCGCUGUGACGAGCUAUUACUGCGCGAGGGCUUGCUCAUUCAGUCACAAAUACCUACUGUCAUCGCGUUGAUCAUGCUCGGGUCGACGUUUAUCGCCAGAGGCAUGACUUCCAAGGGCUGGUUGUAUACCGGCUAUGCCCUGCGGAUGGUGUACGAUCUGGGGCUGCACGUGGAUUUGCAGCAGGUUAACAACCACAAUGCUGAGGAGGUCGAGAUCAGGCGGCGUGUGUUUUGGGGCGCUUUCAUCUGCGAGAAGCUCCAAAGCCUGUAUCUUGGGCGACCUCCCACGAUCAGUCUCGGGGAUGCCCAUGUGUCGCAGGACUUCAUGGAUACUUUCGAAGAGCUGGAGCCGUGGCAGCCCUAUGAUGACCCUAUGACACCCGCUGCGAGCCGCAAGGUGACCUCUUCGGCCGCACCGUCGGCGUAUUCAGUGACUGUCUUCCAGCAGCUCUGUCUACUGUCUGAAAUAAUGAGCCGAAUCGUGAACAAGAUUUAUUUCGUCGGAGCCACCGCUCGGAAGACAUUGAAUGAGAUCGGCCCUCUCGAUGAUCUCCUCACAGCCUGGUAUCGUGACCUCCCAGCGCACCUAGCGUACGAGCCGUGGACGAAGGAUGUCAUGGAUCCACCCGUCGUAGUAGCGCCAAAUCGCAUCAUUCUUCUGACGACAUAUCACUCACUUGUUGUUUUGUUGCAUCGACCUUUUAUCGCAACGCCCAAGAGCGGCGCCAGCAACGGGAGCGGCGCUGAUAACACCAUAAAGACGUCGGCUUUCUCGUGGAAACGGUGUACCACGGCGGCACGACAUAUCACCAGUCUCGCCCUAAGCUAUCAAUCCAUCUACCCGUUGCGGAAGUCUAGCUACUUGCUCAGUUAUGCUGUUUACGUAGCUUGCACGAUCCACGUGCUCAAUGCUGCAUCGCUCUCCACUGGCAGCGACAGCAACGCAUAUGCUGAGUCGUUAUUGUUACUUGGUGCAAGCCUGAGGUGUCUGGACGAGCUAGCCGUACCGAACUCGGGAGUUGCGGACACAGCGCGUAUUAUUCGCAAGCUCAUGGCCGCCAAGGGCGUUCAAGAAUCACCAACGCCCGUAGAGUUUCAGGCCUCGGCUCCUGAUCAAACGUUCGACAAUAUUUGGCAGUUUUCUAACGCGUCGCCAACAUAUGAUAAUCUUGCACAGAUGCAACCUUUCCAGGAUAUGUGUAUCCCUGGUCAAGACUUGCUGUUUGGGUUUAUGAACGAAAACAUGUCUUUUGCGACAUUCGGUGUGGAUGAUACCAGUUUCUAA